AUGGAGUCAAUAUCGCGACUUAGAAGUGUACUUUUAACAAGCCUAAGUUCUCGUGGACAUGGAGAGCAAGAGCUUUUUGACGAACUCAUGAUGCACAAGCAGCGGCUGCUUGAGUUGUUCCAGGUAGGACAGAGCAGUCAACAGGAACAACAAGAGCUGCGAAGUGGAAGGAUCACGAUCAAUGGCAGGUCAUUGGCAAUCAACGCGGAUUUUGCUCAGCAGGCAAUAUUCCUCGCUCAGCAGCUUAAAUCCUCCGAGAAAUACAUCGCGAGCAUACUGCAUUCCGUCAUGACCGAAAAUUCAAAUAUCGGCCCAGUUGGUUGCAUGGAAGCCACAGUCGUCGAAUAUCACCAAAGACAACGUCAUCUGGUCGAUUGUCUGCGUUACAUCUUUGAGGCUGCAGAGUUGGCUGAGUUGCCAGAGGCACCGCGACUUUACAAGCGACUGGAAGCUUUCGCUAGGCUGGAACUGGUUCCACCUACACAAGGGCCAGGGGGAGAGAUGUCACUGGCAUUGCGAAUAUUUAAGGAGCUGGAGAACCUGGGGAACACAGUUGCACGGGCACAACAAGCAAAACAAAGUGCCGUGAGCAAUACGGUAGCUCCUUCCGGUGGUUCACCCACUCUGGGUUACGACAUCCUCAGUGCACGCUGCGACUCACUCAAAUACGAGAGACGAUACCUUGCCACUGUCUACUUCCAGAUCGCCCGUCUUGGAUGUCUCACGGUAUCCGAUAUCCGGACAUCCCUCGACUGGCUAUCCGUGAAUCCUAACGAUGCUAUGACAUUCUAUGUCCUCACCGCCAUUCUGGCUGCCUUUGAUUUGGUGGACCCCUCUUCUGUCGGUGGCAAGAAUCGCCAACGGCUGGCUACAGACAACACAAUGAUAACAUACAUGAAGCAGAAGCUCUCCCGCACUACCGAAUGGAAGGAUACUGGGUUGAAAGCAACCGUGUUGCUGAAGUGGACUCUCCUCUUGACAGAGACCCGUCACCGAGACCCCUCUCUGGAGGCCAGGGAGGGUUUCAAAACAUCAGAGCUUGAGACUCAGAUUUGGAACGCCGUCCAGGGUGAUGCAUUUACGUACCUCACCACAGCGCUUAUCCAGCUGCAGCAGAGGUCCAGAACCUCCCCAGCCACGUCGUUCGCAGCCUUCAUUGAGCUUACCCCUGAGCAGGAGCAACUAAGAGAACCACCUCAUGAAGACUUUAAGCUCGCCGUUCUGAAUGCUUGCGAUGCUCUCGUGCGCUCGGUUAUCACCUAUGCAUCCUCAGAGCUACGCAAGAUCAAGCAGCGUCAGGAGGACAUCGUUCUCGCCAGCGCACGUCUCUUCCGAUCGUUGACGCAUUCUGGGCCAGACUCAGACCCUCAAACAAAUCCUCGCAACGAUAUCGCCAUGUUGUACUCCUUCAUUGGUCUCCUAUACUCCAUUCUUCCUCCCGAACGAGCUCUGCAGUUCUGGGGGGCUACGCCACUCACCGAAACCCAUCGUCUCACCUAUCUGGAGCUCACGGAGACCAAUGCAGGCAGACUUCCUUCCUUCCUUCAAUGGGCAGUCUGGUCCACGCAAACUCGUGAUGUUAUCAUGUCCACUGCGUUAUACGAUAUGUUGUCUGGUUUGGCAAAAGGCCAACAAUGCAGCGAGCUCGCAUAUAACUUCCUUGCUAGAGGUGGUGUAGAAGUCGUACCGGGGAGCAGCCUAGCUGGAAGCUCAUCGCACUACAGCGCUGGUUCGGCUGUGUCCUGGUUGAUCAUAUUCGCUCUGCUAGAAUCCUGGGCAGCUUCACCCAGUAGCCCCAAGCCCCAUCCACCUCCGCAACAGAACUUGGGAGGAUCGUUCAGUGGCUUCCGGUCAUCACAUUUCGCCGAGUCUCAAGCUGCCUCCCAACAGCAGCAGCAGAAACAGGUUGCAAUAGGACCCAACGAUGUUUUACUCGCCCAAGCGUUCCUCCGCCUUCUAUCUACGGUAGUAUCGUGCUCAGUUGCUGUCCGCCUCGCGAUCUCCGGAAACUCGCACUUCAGGGCUAUUCCAACGCUGGUCUCGCUGAUACCUCUUGGGAUACCCUUGGAGCUGAAGGGAGCCAUCUUUGACGCCCUCGCAGCAUUUUGUGAACCCGGGGCGGGCGUUGCUGGAGUGGAGAUAUGCAGAUCAGUAUGGACAUUGAUGGAGCGGUUAGAAGUCAUAAACGUCCGUGCAAGUUCUUCCCGUGUCGGGGGAGUAUUGCAUCCCGUCAAGGGCGUCGAGGUGGAGCUGGACGAGGUUGAAUCAAUUCAUAAACUCUAUCCCGCUACGAUCCCCUUCCUCAAACUCCUCAGCACCCUCAUUCACACUCCCAAACGCCUUUCCUUGAAGGACCUCGUAACGGAUUCGGAGCCGCUGAACACCAUUCCUGAUGCCCUUGGUCAACCAUAUCGUCUUCCUGGGAUUGCACCUUAUAUAUCCUUCGUUAUCGACAAUGUUUUCGCUAAUAUCCCGCGGAGAGAGUAUAGGCGACCUUCAGACAGGUGGCAGAUGAAUGACUUGUGUUUGUCCUUCGUCGAGCGAGUCCUCGCGAGCUACGAUCUCGAGCUAUUGGUCUCAUCGGGUGAAGAUGUCGUCUUGAAGCGGGAGGCCAUCGUUCCCCUCCUCGUCCACCCUGGGUAUGAUGUCAUGCAGCGUCUCUUGACGACCUCGCUAUUACAAACCAGCAUCUUGACGUACAUUGUGGAUGGCAUAGAAGGUUUCGAGAAAGGUUUCGCAGAUGAAGAACCGCAUUUCAAGAAUACGAUCGUGCGUGUUUUGCGAAUCGUCCACCGCGUUCUGGACAUCCAGGAUAUCUUCCUUGAUGUGCUCGUACCGCUCCUCACAGAGUUUGAUAGCUCGCAGUUUGUCGGCGUCGCUCAUGCUCGGUCGUAUUACACGCGUUUCGAUCAAGCGCUGUCGUAUGGCACGCAGCAUAUUCCUGCGAUUGCUACGUAUGUCGUGUACCCUUCAUACCCUGAGCUCGUCCUUCUCGCCGUCAAGAUCGUCACGCAGUUAUCAUCGUCGGUCAGCAACCUGACCACCCUCAUCGAGCGCAGCAACGACUCGGAUCGCAUCCUCAGCGGUUUCAGGCAGCUACUCAGUGUCGAGUCAUUCGAUGAUGUAGAUGUUAGCGAGACGCAGGCUGAACAGGUGACCGGCGCUGGGGCUCAUGACAGAGAAGCGCAAGAACCACUCGAUCAGGCGAUACGGCUUGCCAUCCUCGAAUUGCUCAUCCAGAACUCACGUCCAAACCGACCAUUUCCCACUAUCGGCCAUUUCCUGUUAUUCGGUGGCCCAGAAAACGAGCAUCAAAUCCAAGAUCCACACGCAAUGGGUGCACGCAAAACGUGCGCCCAUGUCGUCAUUGACCUUGUCAACGCCGGCGUCCCAAGAGUGCACGCAAAAGGCAAAGAACGCGAACGCGAACGCAGGCUUGCGCGCCAAGUCGAUCCAUUGUUCAUUUCUAUCCCUGCUCUGGCAGAGCGCUGCUACCAGGUGAUCCACCAGCUCUGUGUACACCCACGGACAUCGGAGUCCACUAUGCGAUAUCUACGCACGCGAGAAGACUUCUUCGCGCGCCACCUCGCAGCCAUACCUUCCAAAGCCCCAGAAACGCACGAGGAGCCUGUCAUCGAGGUACUAUAUCAUGACGGUUCUCGUGUUAUCACCAGCGUAUCAACUCUACGAUCGUUCAUGGGCGUACGCUCUCGCGUCCUUGACCUAGUAUCCCUUGAUCUCCACGUCCUGACCCGCAAAGGCCACCACAAGGGCAUUCUGGAGGUUUUGCAAAUCAUAUUCGGCUCAGAAGUGAUGCCUGGUGAAGAUACGCUUGAUUGGGAUGUGGAUGCAUUGCAACCGUUCCAGGAGAUGGGCCAGUCUCAUCUUAGGAUCAUCGAGUCUGUCCAGUCCCUUAGCUUUGACUGGUCAGACAGCUUAGCCGUCCAUCCUGUCGAUCUGGAGCUCCUCGGUCAGCUCAACCUCCAGUCCUGCAUCCGUGUGGAUAGCACCGGGUGCGAAGUCGUUGAUAGAUCUGCGCUGUUGUCCCUGUUGACGCUCGCGCGACGUUCCCUUCACGCUCAAGGCCGAAUCACCAAUAGCGCGCACGCUGACAAACUGAACGCUGAAACCUCGUACGUCUUGGAGAGCUGUGCGAUCGAAAACAAUCGCCGUGAGGUUGCUUUUGCUGUCGCUACCGGAUACGAAGCAUGGUGGAGGCUAUUAGACAUCACCCUUACCAAGUGCUUCCAGCGUCUGCCGCACGACAGACGUGAAAACAUGCUCUUUGACUUGCUACACGUUCUACCUACUGCUAUCCGUUCCUCUGAUAUCCAGGAGCCUACUGCGAUUCUCCUUUCGGAAGCCGUGCUGUCUUGCAUCACGAAGCUGCGUGAAGAUCGACGUCAUCAAGUUAUGCUUCAGUCUGCUGGCGGGGACACUGAUGCGGGCUCUUUGCCUGCGGAGAGACUGUUUGCGCUUCUUCGCAGCAUCCUUGACUGUAUCCUGGAUAACAACCGUUCGGAGCUGGUUCGCGGCAACCUAUACGCUUCUUUGAUCAAUUACUUCCACCUCAUCGGAGGGAGUGAUCAGAGGCCUUCGGGAGAGGCGUCAAUGGAGACAUUUGGGAAGCACUCGUUAUCGAUGUCGAUGUCGAUGUCGAUGUCUCUCUCUGCAAUCUCCUCACGCGAUGAUUUGUCCCUGAAUGAAUCUCGAUCCAUCCGUGGGACGCCAACGCCUGCAACAAAUGUCUCGGCGCUAGAGCUGGCGUGCUCGAGAGACUGGUCACUGAUCGUAUCCCGGGACGCUAUCGAUGGUACUGAAGUUUGGAAGACCGUCGCUUUCAUGCUGCUAGACUCCCUCUCGCAGCUAUGCCGCUCGGACAAGUCCCGCAUGCUCCUUACAUCUUUGGUUCGCUAUGGGAUUUUGUCGAACUUCGUUCAGGGACUCAAGGAAGCGGAGUCGCAAAUGCAGUAUGUGUUGAAACCAGACCCAGAUGAUCUGAAUCCUCUGUACGUUUACGAGGCGAAGAUGUCCUUCUUGAUACGGAUGGCACAAACGAGGCCGGGGGCGGAACGGUUGCUUGAAGCUCGAAUUUUCCCGAUCCUGAGUCAGUGCGAGUUCUUGGACACGAGACCAGAAGCAGAUCAGUCGUUUAUGGACCAGGAUUCCUUCUUGCCUUCAGCUAUUCAGCGAUACCACCAGAUUUUCAUGCCGGCGCUUCAGCUUGUUGCUGGGAUGCUGACGACGUUGGGAGCUCAGCAUGCUACAGCGAGUAGUCAGGCGCUCGACUUUUUAUCCAGCCAUCGAGAGACGAUCAUCAUCCUCCUAAAAAACGAUUCUGAAGAGAUUGGGUUGUCGAUCGUUCAAGAAAUCCACCUCGUGGUAUCGCUGAGCAGAAGUAUCCUAACGCCCGUUCCGAAAUCUGAGCUGAUGUCGACAAAUUCUGGGUUUGGUGGUAUUCACAGUGCUGUGUUGGGCCUUGCAGCGAGGUGCCUUGGAAAUAGAAGCUGGAAUCAAGCGGUGAAACCUCAGACGGACACUGAAGUUUCGCAAGCUAGCGUCUUUGCACCCGGGCACGGAUCGACUACUCAAUUUGACCUGAGUUUGAGGCGCCAAGAACGGUUGCUCCUCAAGGCGAUCGUGGAGUAUCUGGGAACUGCUAGUGAAUUCACUGAACCUGAGAUCACGCUGGUGCUUUCUCCUGUGGUCACGGUCCCUCGACAUGACGAGCGGUCGUCUCGUUUCGUAGCCACCAUACCAACAGUCGGCGAUGCCAUCGAGACGCUGAAUGGACUGUGCGACGAUCUUUCAGAGACGUUGAAACAAAUAGCUGACUUGUCUGCUGAAUUGUCCUCGAGAGAUCAUAUUCGAGUCGACAAUAUCCAAGAGAUCGUCAGCGUAUCUGAUCCCGCUUUCCUGCAAGAUCUAGAUAUUACGCAGAAGAGAUCGUUGAUAUUCAGAGAGUAUGAGCGGCUCAGGAACGAGGCUCAGGAUGAGGUCAAAAACAUGCUCGGCACUACUGAGAUGGUGCUAUUGUUGCUGUGGCGCCAUCUGGUGAACUAUGUCGAGCGUGACAUGUCGAGCAGCGCUACCUCAGCGCCAGCCAUGAAUAUGAAGAGCACUCUCAGGCUUCUUCCACCUCCAGAUUCUGAUUCGUUCAAGGCGAACGCGGGCAAAAGAUUAGUUGGUGCGCUGGCGAGGUUAUCAACACUGGAUUUGACGGUGGAUACGCUGGGAACUGAGUGGCAAUCAUACCAGGGAUAUAUUGAGAUUAUGUCGCGGAGGUUGAGGGACACGGUUGGGUUGCAUGAGGCUCUGGAGUAGAUGUUUCGUUGUUGUAAUUGGUUGUGUUCUCAAAAUUAUCGCACAGUAAUACUGCGCUCAGGAUGGACUGAUUGGCCCAUGAGGAUAACUUAUAAUGAGGAAGUAGUUACAUAGUUAUCGUGCACGUGUGCGGAUGGUAGGAUACAGCCGUUCAUGCUUCGAUUCCUGCUGCGGCAACUGCUUCUAUCAUGCUUCACGUGUCACCAGAAUGAUCUACAUGAGGAUUGGAACUAGAGGUUUUAGGAGGUUUCCGAUUCUCGGUGUUCCUCCGACCUCGUCAAUAUUGAAGUCACGGAGUUGUCUUGCAUGUAGAUAUCUAUGAUAUAUUCUGAAUCAAGGACUUAGAUGGGCUUU